AACUCUUCUCCAAGUACAAAGGAGUUCUUUGACAAAGAUGCCCAAGUGCAACAAUCACCGAAUGCAAGAUACUGGCAGGCAAUUUUUUAAAUAACAAGUUUGGCUUCAAGUCUGCAAGAAGGAAUCCCUGGGUUGUUAGAAAACCUCUGGCUGAAGCAAAUCUUGCCUCAUAUUCGUUCAUUCCCCUGUACCCCCAGCACAAAGCUAUCCUUCCCUCCUUCUCAAGCUAGGCUUCUUUGUCCUAGUACCCUGCUUGCUUAUUACGGGAAGAGCUGUUGUGACCAGAGCAAUUAACCCAACGUACCAAACCGCACAAGGAUUUCUCAGAACUCUGAAGCCAUGCCUCUUCAUUUUCAGAGCGAUUCUUCUGACGAUGAUCGACCGACGAUAAGACUGUCUCAUAGGCACAGAUCAGUUCAUAAGCUACUCGGUGGGCGGAAAGUUGCGGACAUCCUGCUAUGGAGGAACAGAAACUUAUCGGCAGGGAUCCUCGCAGGUGCCACAUUGGUAUGGUUUCUGUUCGAUGUGGUUGAGUACAACAUAGUAACACUCCUUUGCCACAUUGCACUCCUCGGGAUGCUUCUGCUCUUCAUUUGGUUGAAUGCCGCUCCUCUCUUUGACAGGCCUCCUCCACAGAUCCCGGAAGUGAUUGUUUCUGAACAUGCCUUCAGAGAAAUUGCACUGACCAUCCAUUACAAACUUGCUCACUUUGUGUCAGUCCUGUAUGACAUCUCAUGCGGGAAGGAUCUCAAGAAGUUCCUCUUGGUGAUUGGGUCUCUGUGGAUACUAGCAGCAGUUGGAGAUACUUGCAGCUUCACCACACUAUUAUAUGUUGGAUUCUUGUGUGCUCUCACUUUACCGGCAUUGUAUGAAAGAUACGAGGCAGAAGUAGACCAUCUGGUCGCCAAGGGUGGUGAAGACCUCAAGAGGUUCUACAAGAAGGUUGACUCCAAUGUGCUCAACAAGAUACCAAGAGGCCCUGUCAAGACAAAAGUUCACUGACAUACACUUCCGUUAAAAAAGAGAGUCAUAAGUUACUGGAGCUGAUUUGACUUAUGAUAUACAAUUGUACAUGUUGGAUUGUUACCGCACAAUUUCAUCGUACUUCACUCGAGAUCAAAAUAUGUCUGAAAUAUGAAAGCAUUACGUUCAUAAAUAGAAACAAGUACUAGAUGAAUAGAAUAGUUGCAAAACAAU